UGUCUCUGUUGUGUUGAAGACCAAUCAAGCAGGAGAGACCAGCCUCCCCUGUUCCCAGCUGUGUGUCCAUGAAGAGUGACCAGUCUAUGAAUCCUCCUAUAGAGUUUAGAAAGGGAGACUUUUCUACUGAACAAAGGUUUAAGGGCAACGUAGCACGUCCUGGUGAACAGGGCAGAGUCCCAUAUCAUCAGGCAAACCAGUAGAAACAGGAUCAGCAGCACAACAAGACCAAUCAAGCAGGAGAGACCAGCCUCCCCUGUUCCCAGCUGUGUGUCCAUGAAGAGUGACGGGUCUAUGGGUCAACCUCUAUCCUUUAGAGAGGGAGACUUUUCUACUAAACAAAGACCAAUCAAGCAGGAGAGACCAGCCUCCCCUGUUCCCAGCUGUGUGUCCAUGAAGAGUGACCGGUCUAUGAAUCCUCCUAUAUCCUUUAGAGAGGGAGACUUUUCUACUGAACAAAGAAACCAACAGGAGAGAUCAGAGUCAGAGAUUCUCAGUGGUCAGUCUUCCCAGAGUCAUCAAACAGACCUGGCCUCCAUAUUCAGAUUGCUUGAACAGAAUAUUAUGACAUUUGUGAAGAACGAGCUGAAGAUGUUCAAGAGGAUUCUUAGUCCAGAACUCCCAGAAGGCUUUGAGAGUCAGAAGCAGGAUAAGGAAGUGGUGGAUGCUGAAGAUGAGAAGCAGGAGAGCAGUGCCAGAGAGGGGGCUCUGAAGAUCACACUGCACAUCCUGAGGAAAAUGAACCAGAAGGAGCUUGCUGACACACUGGAGAAAUAUUCAGAUGAGCUCGCUGUGAUUUGCCAACGUGAACUCAAAUCUAAUCUAAAGAAGAAGUUUCAAUGUGUAUUUGAGGGGAUCGCUAAACAAGGAAACCCAACACUUCUCAAUAAGAUCUACACAGAGCUCUACAUCACAGAGGGUGGAACAGGAGAGGUCAAUAAUGAACAUGAGCUGAGACAGAUUGAGACAACAACCAGGAAACAAGCAAGACCAGAGACUCCAAUCAAAUGUAACGACAUCUUCAAACCCUUAACUGGACAAGACAAACUUAUCAGAACUGUGCUGACAAAGGGAGUCGCUGGCAUUGGAAAAACAGUCUCUGUGCAGAAGUUCAUUCUGGACUGGGCUGAAGGAAAAGCAAAUCAGGAUGUCCAAUUUGUAUUUUCAAUCCCUUUUCGGGAGCUGAAUUUGAUGAAAGAGGACAAACACACUUUCAUUGAACUUCUUAAUCACUUCUCAAUGGAAACCAAACAAUCAGGAAUCUCCAUCUACAACAAGUACAAAGUUCUGUUCAUCUUUGAUGGUCUGGAUGAGUGCCGACUGCCCCUAGACUUCCAGAAGAACAAGAUCUGUUGGGACGUCACAGAGUCAACCUCAGUGGAUGUUCUGCUGACAAAUCUCAUCAAGGGAAAUCUGCUCCCCUCUGCUCUCCUCUGGAUAACUACCCGACCUGCAGCAGCCAAUAAGAUCCCUUCAGGGUGUGUUGACCAGGUGACAGAGGUACGAGGGUUCAAUGACCCACAGAAGGAGGAGUACUUCAGGAAGAGAUUCAGUGAUGAGGACCUGGCCAGCAGAAUCAUCUCACACAUAAAGACAUCAAGGAGCCUCCACAUCAUGUGCCACAUUCCAGUCUUCUGUUGGAUUUCUGCAACAGUCCUUGAACACAUGCUGAAACAUAAGAGAGAAGAGAUGCCCAAGACUCUGACUGAGAUGUACACACACCUUGUGGUGUUUCAUACCAAACAGAAGAAUGAAAAGUAUCUUGGGAAAGAAGACACAGGUCCACACUGGAAUAAAGAGAGCAUUCUGUCACUGGGAAAACUGGCUUUUCAACAGCUUGUGAAUGGCAAUCUGAUUUUCUAUGAAGAAGACCUGAAAGAGGCUGGCAUUGAUGUCAAUGAAGCCUCAGUGUACUCGGGAUUGUGCACACAGCUCUUUAAAGAGGAAUGUGGGCUGUACCAGGACAAGGUGUACUGCUUUGUUCAUCUGAGCAUUCAGGAGUUUCUGGCUGCUGUAUAUGUGUUCCUCUCAUUCAUCAACAACAAUGAGAAUCUAAUGGAAAAACUGCAAACAAACGACGAGCCUGAAGUUACUUUCUACAAGAGUGCUGUGGAUAAAGCCUUACAAAGUGAGACAGGAAACCUGGACCUUUUCCUCCGCUUCCUACUGGGCCUCUCACUGGAGUCCAAUCAGAAGCACUUACAAGGUCUACUGACAAAAUCAAGAAGCAGCUCACAGAGCCAUGAAGAAACAGUCAAGUACAUCAAGGAGAAGAUCAGGGAGAAUCCCUCUCCAGAGAGGAGCAUCAAUCUGUUCCACUGUCUGAAUGAACUGAAUGACCAUUCUCUAGUGGAGGAGAUUCAAAGCUACCUGAGCUCAGGAAGUCUCUCAAAACACAACCUGUCACCUGCACAGUGGUCAGCUCUGGUCUUUGUGUUGCUGACUUCAGAAAAGGAGCUGGAUGUGUUUGACCUGAAGAAAUACUCCAGAUCAGAGGAAGGUCUUCUGAGGCUGCUGCCAGUGGUCAAAGCCUCCAGAGCUGCUCUGCUGUCAGGCUGUGGAGUCACAGAGGAAGGCUGUGCUUCUCUGGUCUCAGCUCUGGAGUCAAACCCCUCACACCUGAGAGAGCUGGAUCUGAGUAACAAUGACCUGAAUGAUUCAGGAGUGAAGCUGCUCUCUGCUGGACUGGGGAAUCCCCACUGUAAACUGGAGACUCUGAGGCUGUCAGGCUGUCUAGUCACAGAGGAAGGCUGUGCUUCUCUGGUCUCAGCUCUGAGGUCAAACCCCUCACACCUGAGAGAGCUGGACCUGAGCUACAAUCACCCAGGAGACUCAGGAGUCAGACUGCUCUCUGCUGGACUGGAGGAUUCACACUGCAGACUGGAGAAACUCAUGCUGUCAGGCUGUCUAGUCACAGAGGAAGGCUGUGCUUCUCUGGUCUCAGCUCUGGAGUCAAACCCCUCACACCUGAGAGAGCUGGACCUGAGUAACAAUGACCUGAAGGAUUCAGGAGUGAAGCUGCUCUCUGCUGGACUGGGGAAUCCCCACUGUAAACUGGAGACUCUGAGGCUGUCAGGCUGUCUAGUCACAGAGGAAGGCUGUGCUUCUCUGGUCUCAGCUCUGAGGUCAAACCCCUCACACCUGAGAGAGCUGGACCUGAGCUACAAUCACCCAGGAGACUCAGGAGUCAGACUGCUCUCUGCUGGACUGGAGGAUCCACACUGCAGACUGGAGAAACUCAAGCUGUCAGGCUGUGGAGUCACAGAGGAAGGCUGUGCUUCUCUGGUCUCAGCUCUGAGGUCAAACCCCUCACACCUGAGAGAGCUGGACCUGAGUAACAAUGACCUGAAGGAUUCAGGAGUGAAGCUGCUCUCUGCUGGACUGGGGAAUCCCCACUGUAAACUGGAGACUCUGAGGCUGUCAGGCUGUCUAGUCACAGAGGAAGGCUGUGCUUCUCUGGUCUCAGCUCUGAGGUCAAACCCCUCACACCUGAGAGAGCUGGACCUGAGCUACAAUCACCCAGGAGACUCAGGAGUCAGACUGCUCUCUGCUGGACUGGAGGAUCCACACUGCAGACUGGAGAAACUCAAUGUGGAACAUGGUGGAGAGAACAGAAUGAAACCUGGACUUAGAAAAUAUGUCUGUGAUCUCACACUGAACCCAAACACAGUAAACAGACACCUCUCUCUGUCUGAGGAGAACAGAACGGUGACAUGUAGGAGAGAGAAGCAGCCGUAUCCUGAUCACCCAGAGAGAUUUGAGGACUGGGGACAGGUGCUGUGUAGAGAGGGUCUGACUGGUCGCUGUUACUGGGAGGUAGAGUGGAAUGGGGGAGGGGCUGUUAUAGGAGUGACAUAUAAAGGAAUCAACAGGAGAGGAAGGGCUAAUGACUUUUGUCUUGGAUACAAUGACAAGUCCUGGAGUCUGAUCUGCUCUGGCAACAGUUACAGAGCCUGUCACAAUGAUAAUCCCACUCCCAUAGACGUCCCCUCCUCCAGCUCCCACAGAGUAGGAGUGUAUCUGGACUGGCCAGCCGGCACUCUGUCCUUCUAUAGAGCCUCCUCUGACACACUGACCCACCUGAUCACAUUCACCUCCACAUUCACUGAGCCCCUCUAUCCAGGGAUUGGGGUUUGGGAUGAUGAUGAAUCAGUGUCCCUCUGUCAGUGACACACUGGACACAACAACUACAGCUCAAAAGUAACUUUUUAUUGACAGAUGCCUCAUUUAAAUGUUCUGGAUUUUGAUGAAAGGAAAUCCCAUAAAGCCUACUGGCCAGGACUUUAUUAUGACAUCUUCUGAUUGGGUGUCAGGUCAGGUCUGAGCCAUGAUCAGAAUGUGUAUCUGUCUAUUUCCAGCCCUGCCAUUUCUACCUGUCCUGAUCUAGUGUUUGACCCCUGACCUCCUCACACCGUCUCACUGUCCAUGUCUGCUUUUAGCUCCCACCUCUACUUCACUGUGUUAUAAUGGACCUUAUGCUUGUUAUGUCACCUCUGUAACCAGGUAUCAAACAUCCUGACCUUUCUGACCCUGUCCCAUGGUCCUACUUCACUGUGUUAUAAUGGACCUUAUGCUUGUUAUGUCACCUCUGUAACCAGGUAUCAAACAUCCUGACCUUUCUGACCCUGUCCCAUGGUCCUACUUUCUAGAACUGAACAUUUAAAGUCCUCUGAGUUUUGUUUACUGUCCAUUUACUUAUGUAUGAUGUAUUUGUUGUGUAUUGGGGUUGUGCCGCAGAGCAUCAUGGGGGUUUGUAUGUGUUGAGAUGAUCACGUUCCAGAUAAAUGGUUGAACUGA